UCACGGAUCGCUUCUUCUUUGUUUCUCCUCAGACAAAACCAGAGGACAAGGAGAAAAUGGAGCGUGUGUGGCUGUGGAGUAUGUUCACCCUGCUCUCAGUUUGUGGCUUAUGUGUGUUUGGAGAAGAAGGCAAAGAGUGGAAGAAAAUUAGGAAAGACAUAUCUGAAGCUGUUGUAGGAUACACUCCGUGCAACCCUGUCAAUUGUAGCUGCCAUCUAACUGUCCUACAGCAUGACUUGCGACCCUUUACAGGGGGAAUCUCUGAAGACCUAAUGGCCACCACCAUUCAGCGAGGUGUGGGCACUCAUUACCAGAUCAUUGGUCACAAGUUGUACAGAGAACACAACUGUAUGUUCCCUGCCAGAUGCAGUGGGGUGGAGCAUUUCAUCAUUGAGGUGAUUGACAGUUUACCUGACUUGGAGUUGGUAAUUAAUGUUAGAGAUUAUCCUCAAGUCCCAAGCUGGGUGACGCCGACCCUGCCUGUCUUCUCUUUCAGUAAGACCUCAGACUACCAGGACAUCAUGUACCCUGCUUGGACAUUUUGGGAGGGUGGACCUGCUGUGUGGCCCAUUUACCCCACUGGACUAGGGAGAUGGGAUCUGAUGAGGGACGACCUUAAAAAGUCUGCAGCUCAGUGGCCAUGGACGAAGAAAGAGUCUAAAGGAUUCUUCAGAGGCUCAAGGACCAGUCCAGAGCGAGACCCGCUCAUCCUCCUGUCCAGAGAAGCUCCAGAGCUCGUGGAUGCAGAGUACACGAAGAACCAGGCCUGGAAAUCUGAGAAGGACACACUUGGGAAACCUCCAGCCAAAGAAAUCCCACUGGUCGAUCACUGCAAAUACAAGUAUUUAUUCAACUUCCGAGGUGUGGCGGCGAGUUUCCGCUUCAAACAUCUCUUCCUCUGUGGUUCUCUGGUGUUCCAUGUGGGCGAUGAAUGGCAGGAGUUUUUCUACCCUCAGCUCAAACCCUGGGUCCACUACAUUCCAGUCAGUCAGGAUCUGUCAGAUGUCAGGGAACUUCUCCAGUUUGUCAAACAGAACGAUGCCAUCGCAGAGGAAAUCGCCACAAGGGGGAAAGAAUUCAUCCUCAACCACCUGCAAAUACAAGAUGUUUCCUGUUACUGGCAGAGACUCCUCACUGAGUUCAGUCACCUUCUCACCUACAAACCCAAACGAAACAACAGCUACAACCAGAUCUUCCACAAACCCAGCAAGACAGAGCUGUAAGUCAGAUAUAGUGUGGGACCCGAACAGUUGGCUAAAUCUUGAAUGUAACCACACCACCAUGACAUGUGAUUGAUUUUCCCAGUUUUGUAAUAUCUUAGGUUUAGCUAAUGCAAAGUCAAAAGGCUGUUUUCACUCUUUUUUUCAAAUGACUUCAUUGUUUUAAUGUCAAAAGGGCAGUUUACUGAGUUGAUACUUUCAAUUAUGCUGCCACUUAUUUGCCUUGUUGACUUAAAUAUUGUUAUGUCCGCUGUCUAAAAUCACCAGCAAAGAAACAUCAAGACACAUGUGAGCUGUGUUUAGUUAAUGUUUAUUUUACUCAUAAAAGGAGCAUUCCACAGAUUUUACAUGCCAAGGUCAACAUGCACAUUAUGAGGAAUCAUUUUCUGUGGUUCAAGAGUAGCACAAAAAUACUUUUUUCAACCUUAAUCCUGAGUAUAAACUGAAGUUUUAGAGUUAUAAAGAUGUGGCAGACGGCGUGUAAUGUUAAUAGAUGAAAAAAAAAAAACAACAACAAUGCAGGGUCCCAUUUUGUGCAAGUCUGAUCAUGUCAUCAUGUUAUGGCAACUUCUGCCUCUUCAGUUUGAGUCACACAGCUUUUUUUGAAGUGACAAUAAAUUGCUGGAAUACCCCUUUAAGAUGCACUGCUGAGACUCCUGCACAUGGCUUCAAAUUUGAGGUUUCUCAGGAAAAUAUUUGAUGAUAUUCUAGCACUGAGAAGUUGCACAAACAGCUGUGGACCACCUAUAACUCUGAGUUUAAAUACUUAAUAAUAUCACAGCAUAAUAAUAAUAACAAUAAUAAUAUGGUACUAGUACUGUGCUUGUCCACAUUUAAUGUAUUCUGUUAGAUUGGGAGAAUUUUGUUAUGCAACCUUGCAAUGUGUAGAAUAAUUCAGGAAGUAUUCUGAGAAACACUUGGGUUCAAAGGUUAUAUAAACCUACACAAUGAUACUUAAUCUGAAGAGAGUUAAUAUUCAGCGCAUUUUAGACUAUAAAUUAUUUUGAAUUAAUGCCUUCAUGAGAGUUGCUGGCGAUCCAACAUCAAUUUGGCUACACCGCCCUCUGCUGGGCAACUUGAGAAACUGUUACUAACUAGUUUAUUCACAUUAUGCAAACAGUGCCAUCACAGUAUCAACAUUUUGUAUUUUAAUAGGUUCUAACAUUAGUUUCAUAACUUGAAAGCACAAAAGAAUCACAUUUCACACAAGUGCCAAGAGUAAAUGUAUUGUGUAAUGUGUUUUAUUUUGAUAUGUGGUUUCUUUCAUACUUUGGAAACGGUUAUGUGAAUGUGUUUGUGUGUCGAAAAAUGUAACUGAUACAGAACUGUGUUGAAUAUGUUGUAGUAUUCACACCGAACUAAUGUCAUAUCUUGGUCUAAAGGUGGUGUAUUUAAAUGUUGAUUUGACCAAUAAGCUGCGAUCAUGUGUCUGAUCAUGUGACAUCAAGUUGUUAUUCAGCAGUUUUUUGUUUUUUUUUUAGGCCAAUAAACUGUUUGUAUCUUUGUCA